CCAACACCCACCUGCUGAGAAUUGUAGCUGGCGGGGCUCAGGCGGGCGGUGGGGUCCUGUGGCCGGAGGAGGAGGAGGUGGAGUAGGUGGAAGACGAGGAGGUGGAGGUAACUGCUUAGAAGACUGCACAGUCCACCAGCGUCUGAUGAAAUUAGUGACUCAGAGAAUCAGCCAUGUCUUACACGCCAGGAACUAUUGGUGACCCCACUCAGCUGGCCCAGCGUAUCUCUGCCAACAUCCAGAAGAUCACACAAUGUUCUGUGGAAAUACAGAGGAGUCUGAAUCAACUCGGAACACCUCAAGAUUCACCUGAAUUGAGGCAACAGCUGCAACAGAAGCAGCAAUAUACUAACCAACUUGCCAAAGAAACAGAUAAGUACAUUAAAGAGUUUGGAUCUCUGCCCACCACCCCCAGUGAACAGCGUCAAAGGAAAUUACAGAAGGAUCGCUUAGUGGCCGAGUUUACCACUUCACUGACAAACUUUCAGAAGGUCCAGAGGCAAGCUGCCGAGAAAGAGAAAGACUUCGUUGCCCGAGUGAGGGCCAGUUCCAGAGUGUCUGGCGGUUUUCCUGAGGAGAGCUCAAAGGAAAGGAAUCUUGUAUCGUGGGAAAGCCAGACUCAACCUCAAGCACAGGUGCAGGAUGACGAGAUCACAGAGGACGACCUGCGCCUCAUCCAUGAGCGAGAGUCUUCAAUUAGGCAACUGGAAGCUGAUAUUAUGGAUAUUAAUGAAAUAUUUAAAGAUUUGGGAAUGAUGAUUCAUGAGCAAGGAGAUGUGAUAGACAGCAUAGAAGCCAACGUUGAAAAUGCAGAGGUGCACGUCCAACAAGCAAACCAGCAACUGUCCAGGGCAUCUGAUUAUCAGCGCAAAUCCAGAAAAACCCUGUGCAUCAUCAUUUCUCUCCUUGUCAUCGGAGUUGUAAUUAUUGGUGUCAUUUUGGCAGUGAAAGGCUAGAAUUAUGAAGGAGCACACUGUUGCACUGUUACCUAAAAUGUGUAGGAAGGUUCCUGUAAUCAUGGUUUUUUAUUAUUAUUAUUUCAAAGGUAUUGCAUAAAGAGUGGUUUCUAUACUUCUGUUUUUAUUUGGGGGGAAGUUUCCUUUGGAAUAAAUCUGAUAUUUUCUAAUACUGAAA